UGGACAACUUUAAUUCAAUUCAACUUUAAAAUGAAUUCACUUUCGCUGCUGGCAUCCUUAAAAGGAUUGCUGCUUCUAUGUUCUGCCUGCAGCGCGUUGCGUCAAUGGGACUACGAGCCACUGUCCGUAACCCCGUACACAUCAGAUGAAUCAAAGCUGUUCAUGGAGGCAAAAACGGAACGUAUGGGACGCGAUGGAUACGCUGUAUCAGUAAAACUGGGAAUUCACUAUGACUUUGAUGACACGACAAUGGUAGAGGCAAUGGGCUAUCGGAGCUCAUCGGGCAGUGAGGACGACUACACACCACUUCCCUGGAAAAUAAAUAGUCAAAACUAUCGGACCUUUUUUGAUGACUAUUACGCUGAUAUGCUUUAUAAAAACUUAAACCACUGCUCUGAUCUGCCGCAUCCCGACAACAUUGAUCCCUUUCCCAACGGUGAUUACGAGCUGGAUAAGUGUGUAGUCAAUGGCGAUGGCUUUCCUGAAAUACUUCCUGAGGGUUACUUUAAAGUAGUCUUCAAUGUUAGCGGUGAGGUCGAUUGGGGCUUUGUGAUCAUUGUUAGAGUAUUCAAAAAAACUGAUUUAAUAGGUUGAACGCAUUAGAGGCACAGAAGACACAUUUGUAUCUGAUAUAUUUCAUUGUAUUACUUAAAAUCAAAUAUGUUAACAGAAUUAAUAUUUAACCGAAUAUAUACACCAUAUAUAAAAUUAUAUAAAAUACACAGGCAUAAAA